AGCUAGCCAGUGCUCGAUACAUGUCGAGUGAGAAAGGUCGUACGCCAUCCGGCAGCCGCGUGAAACUACAGUGCUACCAAAACAAACGCACGCCUUCGCUAAUAGCCGACAGUAUCGAUGUCGAUAGCCCCUAGUGAUGUAAACAUUUAAAUCACCUGUUAGAUAAUCGUGUUAUCGGCGAACGCUAUCAGUGUUUCGCGGUGCGACCGUUCAGUUACCGGCCGCGUUCGGGUGUGGUGACACGGUGACGUUAAUUGGAAAUGCCAGCUGUUGGAUACGAGAUGGCGACAUCGUUUGAAAUGUGUUCGACGCGGUACACGAUGAACGAGGAGUACAUGAUGCCGCAGCUGUGGGAGAAGCACCCGCCGAGCCCGUACUCGACGUACGUGAACAGGAGCUCGCAGGAUGUGCCGCAGCGGAUGGACGCGGCGAUGUUUUACAACAGUGACAUGCAGCUAGAAACAAGCAGUAGCGAGGCGAGUGCCACCAGCUCCACGUCUCUAUCCCAGCACUGCGCGAUUUGUGGAGACAGAGCCACCGGGAAACACUAUGGAGCGUCCUCGUGCGACGGUUGCAAGGGAUUCUUUAGGCGGAGCGUGAGGAAGAAUCAUUUGUACACUUGCCGAUUUAGCAGAAACUGCGUUGUAGAUAAGGAUAAGAGAAACCAAUGCAGAUAUUGUAGAUUAAGGAAGUGUUUUAAGGCUGGAAUGAAAAAGGAAGCCGUACAAAAUGAGCGGGAUCGCAUCAACUGCAGGAGGCCAUCGUAUGAAGAGCCAACACAAGCGAAUGGACUAUCAGUGGUGUCGUUACUAAACGCUGAACUACUCAGCAGAAAGGUCACAGAUGAGACGAACAACACAACGGACGCGGAGAUCGGCAACCGGAAUCUCGCCAAAAUAAACGACGUGUGCGACUCGAUCAAACAGCAGCUGCUGAUACUCGUCGAGUGGGCGAAGUACAUACCGGCCUUUACAGAGCUGCACCUGGACGAUCAGGUGGCGUUAUUGCGCGCGCACGCGGGCGAGCACCUCCUCCUGGGCUGCGCGCGACGGUCCAUACAUUUGAAGGACGUGCUGUUACUGGGGAACAACUGUAUCAUCACUAAACAUCACAUAGACGGCAGAAUGGACGUGGACAUCAGCAUGAUCGGCAUGCGGGUGAUGGACGAGAUCGUGAAGCCGCUGCGCGAGAUCGACAUAGACGACACCGAGUUCGCGUGCCUCAAGGCCAUCGUCUUCUUUGACCCGAACGCGAAGGGGCUCUCGCAACCACAGAAAAUCAAACAGCUUCGGUACCAGAUCCAGAUCAACCUGGAGGACUACAUCAGCGACCGGCAGUACGAGGGGCGCGGCCGCUUCGGCGAGCUGCUGCUGUGCCUGCCGCCGCUGCAGAGCAUCACCUGGCAGAUGAUCGAGCAGAUCCAGUUCGCCAAGCUGUUCGGCGUGGCCCACGUGGACAGCUUGUUGCAGGAGAUGCUGCUGGGAGGUGCGUCAACAGAGAGCGCGGUGGAGGAGGGCCAGAACGAGGGCGCAGUGGAAGCGGCGUCCCCGCUGUCGUCGGCCGCGUCGCCCCCGCUGGUGCCCCAGCUGCCGCUCCCCGAGCCGCUGUUCGACCCCGCGCCGUUCAAACAAGAACCCAACAUGUAGACCAAUAAAACUCUAUGAAUCCAAUUGUCUUUGAUAUUGCACCUGUCACAGCACAAAAAAAAUUGACAGCCAAAUGUCAAUGUCAACUCGGUGUAACUUUUCGCGCGCUUUUGGAACUGUCGUUUUAUUGUAUUUGUAUUAUUUAUGUGGCUUGUACAGGUAUUUUUGUACGAUGUUUAUGUAUGAUUUUUUUAUAUUAGCAAAUCUCAAGUUUGAGACAAAAAUUACGUUAGAUAUUAAAUAUCUUCAAGUGCCUUGUCUAGAUGUAUGUAUUAAAUCUAUAUGUAUCGCCAAAGUUUAGAACAAAUUUUAUUGAAAUAUAUUAAUAUUAUUAUAUAUUUUUAGAGAUCUCGAUAUUUUAGAAAUGGAAAUUCUUAGGUGGAAGUAUUUAGGUGUUGGUUUAAAGUUAUUAUUUUUCAGAGUUGAACCACGCCUAAUAUAAUUUUUUUAUAUGUCUAUACCAUAUGCAUCUUUAUUAUAAAAGAAUUUAUUAUGCGUUUAAGUCGCUUUGUAAAAAAAUUGUCAAAUGUACAAUCUUUGAACUGGUGCUGUACGAUAUAUUGUAUACCAUAUAUAUAUAUAUAUAUAUAUAUUAUAUAAUACGUUUUAAUAAAUAUAUUGAGCAAAUCUAUACCUGUGUUUUAUCAAAUUGGCUUAUCUAAGAUAACAUAAAUACAACAGAUAAUAUACGAGAAUGUAUGAAGUUUUUAGAUUUUUGUGUUACCAAUUUUAUUUUAGGCGUGUCUAUAAUGUUAUAUCGAUUGUGAGUGCAUUGUAUUCUAGAAAUUUUUUUUCCUGAACGUAAGAUAGUCUUGAUUUCGUGCCUACUAAUAUAGGUGUAUAGAAUGUAGACUGAGAUAUUUUGGAGGACAUAGUUUUAAUGUUAUACUUUUAAAUGCUCAAUUUUAUAUUGUUGGAUGUGGUUACGUGAUAAGUUGGUGAAAGUUAGACUAUUCAAUGUGGCCUUGACUGUAGCAAAUAUCCUAGGCUGGAACAGGGGCGAUUUGAACUGCGCCGAUAUUCCAUACAAUAAAAUAAAAUAACAACAUCACCUGUGUAAUUUAUUGGAUCACCUUAAAUCGAAUAUCCUCAACGUAAAAAUCGCCCGUGUUGCAGCUCUUAACGGUGCCUUUUUUGUUAAAUGUACAUACCAUGUUAUGUAAUUUAGUGUAUUUGAAAAAUUAAAUAAUCUGUUACAA